AUGGUUUUUAAACCUUUAAGCACCCAGAUCCUCUCAGUCGGCAACAUUAGACACACUGAGCACUGGACAUUGUUACACCAAAGGAUGCGCCCAGGCAUCCAGUAACUUUAAAGUCCCAUCCGGCAUAGGACCACCAGUAUGAAUCAAAAUCUCAAGGCUAGGAGGCAGAGUCUCUUUCCCAACUACAAAGUGGGAUGUCCAGCCCCAGCAGCAAAAGACCCCGGGGAUGACAUCGACCUACCCUUCGCUCAACACAGCUUGUUGAAGCCAUGGAACUCCUUGACGGAGCUAAACAGAGAUAUCUAUGACAUCUACGCUGAAUACGAGGAUGAUGAUGAUGACAGGAUUGCAGGGACCUCAAUGAGGUUUGCCUCUCCAGUCAAGAACUACAUGCUCAACAUCAACGUCGGAGGUAAGGUGUACCAGAUCUCCUACAGGUCUGCAGCGAAGUACCCUAAGACAAGGAUAGGUCGGCUGGCAACGUUCACUGACCACAACAGGAAGUUGGACCUGUGUGAUGACUACAUAGUCCAAAACAAUGAGUUCUUUUUUGACAGAGAUCCAGACAUCUUCCAUAACAUCUUCAAUUUCUACCGGACGGGUGUGCUCUGGAUCAAAGAUGAGCUGUGCCCUCGCAACUUCCUGGAGGAGAUCAAUUACUGGGGUGUCCGGAUCAAGAGCACCCAUCGCUGUUGCCGCAUCUCCUUUGAGGAACGCCAGGAUGAGCUGAACGAGCAGCUGAAGAUACAGAGAGAACUUGAGGCUGAAGUGGAGACGGAAGAACACGAGGAGCUGUUUGAGGAGAUGGCGUUCGGAAACACCCGGCGGAGGAUCUGGAACCUCAUGGAGAUGCCCUUCUCCUCGAUCACAGCCAAGCUCAUGGCGUUGGCCUCAAGCUUCUUCGUGCUGGUUUCUCUGGUGGCCUUGACCCUCAGCACAGUCGAGGAGAUGCAGUACACCACGCCAACCCGCCAGCUGAGUGGACAUUCAUACGUGGAGCACGUGGAGACCUUCUGCAUCGCCUUCUUCACCAUAGAGUACCUUCUGCGUCUAAUAUCCACACCCGACCUGAAGCGUUUCAGUCGCAGCAUGCUCAAUGCAGUCGACCUCCUCGCCAUCCUGCCACUGCACCUGCAGAUGUUCCUCGAGUUUUUCGAGACUGAGGACCGGGCCCACCACGGCGACAUCGAGACAGUCGCCCGCGUGGGAAAACUUGGCCAGGUGCUGCGCAUCAUGAGGCUCAUGCGCAUCUUCCGGAUCCUCAAACUGGCACGCCACUCCACGGGCCUCCGGGCGUUUGGCUUCACACUGCGCCAGUGCUACCAACAGGUGGGCUGCCUCUUCCUGUUCAUCGCCAUGGGCAUCUUCACGUUCUCUGCCAUGGUGUACACAGUGGAGCACGAUGUCCACAAGACCAACUUCACCAGCAUGCCAGCCGCCUGGUGGUGGGCUGCUGCAAGCAUCUCUACCGUGGGCUACGGCGACAUGUACCCCGAGACUCACCUGGGCCGGCUCUUCGCCUUCAUCUGCAUUUCCUUUGGAAUCAUUCUGAACGGCAUGCCCAUCUCCAUUCUCUACAACAAGUUCUCAGACUAUUACUCCAAACUGAAGUCCCACGAGUUCACGUCAACUUUAAAGGGACGUGGCAAGCUCCGCAUUGGUGGGAGAGUAGUUCAGAAGCUCGCAGACUGCUGCAAAGAUGCCACGCGUGUGCGGGAACCUUUCCAAAGAAGUUACACUGCGUUCCACGACGAGUCGGGAGUUGAGAAAUGCCAUCUUGAACUUCCCGGUUGAAUGAGGACGUUCUGUAU